AUGAAAGUGAUGAUACAUACGCGUUUGGCGCCCGCGCGAGCGCUCGCGCACGUCCGAACGCGCGCACACGGACGCUUGAAGACGGUGGUGCGAAGUUUCAGUGCAGACCGAGCGAAACUGCCAGCGUCGACGCGCGCGCCGACGAGCGCGUACGUGCACCUGCCGUUCUGUCGAUCGAGAUGUUAUUACUGCGAUUUCGCGAUAUCGGUGAUCGGAACGCGGACGGAUGCGAGCGAGGGGAUGCGCGCGUACGCGGAGGCGGUGACGCGCGAGACGCGGGCGACGGCGACGCGAAUGCGAGAGAGAUACGGCGCGAGUGGGAUUAAACCGCUGGAAACGAUAUUUUUCGGCGGUGGAACACCGAGUUUAGUGCCCGUGGACGUUUUAGGGGAGAUUUUGGGGACGUUGAGGCGGGAGUUUGGCAUCGCGAGCGGCGCGGAGAUUAGCGCGGAGAUGGAUCCGGGCACGUUUAACGAAGACAAGUUGAGAGGGUUUUUAGACUUGGGCGUGAACAGGGUCUCGCUCGGGGUGCAAAGCUUCGAUGACGAGGUGUUGAAACGAGCCGGUCGCUCGCACGACGUCCGCGAGGCGGAGUUGGCAAUCGAGAUGUUGCGCUCGUGCGGGGUGCCGAGAUGGAGCGUGGAUUUGAUCGGAGGUCUUCCGGGCGUGGAUGCGAAGACGUGGCGCGCGUCUCUUGAUCGUGUCAUCGAGUCCGGUGCUGAUCACGUCUCGGUGUAUGAUUUGCAGGUGGAGAAGGGAACGGCAUUUUAUCGAUGGUACGGCGAGAAUGCGAAGGAGGAUGGAAGCAGGCCAGCGCUUCCGAGCGAAGACGCAAGCGCGGACGCGUUCAGAGAAGCGAGCGCAGCGCUUCGAGCCGCCGGCUACGAACAUUACGAGGUGAGUUCGUAUGCAAAACCUGGCGCAAGGUGCAAGCACAACCAAAUUUAUUGGCAGAACGGCGGUUGGUACGGGUUUGGCAUGAGUGCGACGUCGCACGUAGACGGCGAGCGCAUGGCGCGACCGCGAAAGAUGAAUGAGUACUACGCAUACGUUAACGCGCUCGAGAAAGGUGAAGAUGUUGGUGUGAUAUCAACGGGUGGAGACGGCUCGGAUGCGCUCUUCGAACACCUGAUGCUUCGGUUACGCACGAGCGACGGGCUCGAUCUCGAGGACGUCACCGAGCGCUUUGGCGCAUCUGUUGUGGACGAGAUUCACGACGCGAUAAAACCAUUCGUGCCCGAUUACGCUGUUUAUGGUGUGAAUGAUCGAGGACACCGCUCAUCACUGCAUUUGACCGAUCCCGAGGGGUUGAUGAUGAGCACUGAAGUGCUGUCUACGCUCAUUUCCAAGAUGCCCUCGCUCGCGGAUGACAGAUAA